UGAUUCCUUCGCACUGCAGCUCGUUCAGUCAUCCAUGGCGAAACCUAGCGGUACCAAUGGGUCUCGCCCACGCACAGGACCAAAAAUCCACGAGAAUCCAGGCGCGGGCAGACGAGCGGGAAAGACGAGUGCAGGCAUGAGGCAAGAAAAGCCAGUUGCGGGCAGACGACCGGAAAAGACGAGUGUGGGUAGACGGCACGAAAACAACGCGAGUACCGGAAGCCGGCAGGAAAAGGCGGGCGGGGGGAGAUCCCCGCACGCGGAUUCCGGCAGGGUGCACGCGCAGGCGGCGGCGGCGGUGGAGCGCAUUGUGCGCGCGAGCGAGACUCGGCGCGGCGGAUGCGCGGUGAAGGGGCUCACUCUGGCGGCGGGCAACGUGGCGAAGCGCGCCACGCACGCCGUCACGUGCGAGACGCUGCGAUAUCUGCCAGUGAUCAAAGACCUCAUUGCUGCCACCAACCUUGCUAACAGCGCUUGGAUGAAGGCAAAGCCCCACCUGGUGUAUGUGCUGGUCUACGACCUCGUGGUGUCAGGGAAGGGCACCCUGGGAUCAGGAGCGGUGCAGAAGGCAGUGCUGUCCCACAAGGCAGCUCUGAGGGCCGCUCUCGCCCGGCUGCUCAUCAAGCACCGAGCGGCACGGGUGGAGGACCUGGUUCCGGCCACCACCGAGGCUACCGCUGCGGCAUAUCCUCGCUAUGCCAGGGUGAACACCCUUCUUUCCUCCACACAAGCAGUGCUCGCCCACUUUCAGAGUGAAACCGUCCAAGGGGACAGUGCUGGGGGGGGUGGCAAGGGGAGCGGGAGCGAGGAUGGCAGCAGUGCUGCCAUCGAUUCAGGGGGGCUCUCAAUCCAGAGAGAUGCGCUCAUUCCAGAUCUGCUGGUCUUUCCCCCUGGCACUGAGUUGCACCGGCACGCCCUGGUCGAGAGGGGCGAGCUGAUACUGCAGGGCCGAGCCAGCUGCUUCCCUGCCUUCAUCCUACGCCCUCAGCCUGGGUGGCAUGUGCUGGACGCAUGUGCAGCGCCGGGCAACAAGACGUCCCACCUGGCGGCGCUGAUGGCAAACCGAGGGCGGCUGACGGCGUGUGAGAGGGACGGGAAGAGAGCAACGCUACUGCGGAAGAACCUGGAGAGAGCAGGGGCUACCUGUGCACGAGUCCACGAGGGUGAUUUCCUCGCCAUCAACCCCACCUCACCCAAUUUCGCUGAUGUGCGAGCUGUGCUGCUGGAUCCCUCCUGCUCUGGCUCAGGCACACGGCACUCCCGGGGGGACCACCUCCUCUCUAAAGGACCCACUCCUUCCCACGAGAGUGGUAGGGGGAGAGGUGACAAAGGGGAGGGGAAUUCUGCGGGUGAUGGGAAGAGAGGAGGCGGCGAGGGGCAGCGGGAGGAGGUGGAGCGAGUUGAGAAACUGGCCCGCUUCCAAGAAGCUGCUCUAAGACAUGCCUUGUCAUUCCCAGCUGUUGAGCGAGUCACCUACAGCACGUGUUCCAUCAACGAGCGGGAGAACGAGGCGGUUGUGGCAGCAGUGCUCCCUGCAGCCCACUCCAAGGGCUUUCGCCUGGCCCCUGCCCUUCCCGCCUGGCACAGAAGGGGACUCCCCUCCUACCCCUUUGGCCACCAAGUGUUGCGCACAGACCCUGCCACAGACGGCACCGAUGGAUUCUUUGUCGCACUCUUUGAGCGCCACGUGGCAGGUGCUGCUGAUGUGGCAGGUGCUGCUGAUGGGGCAUGUGCUGCUGAUGGGGCAGGUGCUGCUGAUGGGGCAGGUGCUGCUGAUGGGGCAGGUGCUGCUGAUGGGGCAUGUGCUGCUGGUGUGGCAGCAAGUGCCGAUACAACAGCAACAGUGGCAAUAGCAGAUGCAGAAGCAGCAGCAGCCCCAGCAACAGCAGCAGCAGCAGCAGAUAUAGCAGCACCCACCAGUUUAGGUGCAACAGCCCACAUGGCUAGUAUCCCCACUGACACGGUGACAUCCGUUUGUGAUGUCGGUAAUGCUGCCGGAGCACAUCCCGAGGUUUGGUCCGAACCUCAGCCCGUGGUUCGGGAGUCUCGUGCGGCUCGGAGGAAGCGGCAGAGGAGAGCAAAGGCAGCAGUGGAGGGAGGGAGUGGGAAGGUUGCUAGAGGAACAAGUGAGGGGGGGUGGGAGAAGGCAAGUGCUUUUGAGUCGACUCAAAAGCGAGCCAAAGCAGCAGUGGAGGAAGGGAGUGGGAAGGCUGCUAGAGGAACAAGUGAGGGGGGGUGGGAGAAGGCAAGUGGGAGAGGCGUGGAGGGGAGUGGUGGUGAGGGAGAGGUGGGAGUGGAGAUGGUGAGUGGGAGGGAGGAGAGGGAGGACGGGGAGGAUAGAGAGGACGGAGAAUGUGAGGCAUAGAUGGGUGAUUCAUUCGUCUCCUCGAAUUGUAGCUGGUUAUUAUGGUGCAGUAGGUUUUUGAGAAUGCUCAAUAAACUUCUACCAUUACCGCUGUUGAGCUGGCUACGGUAUAAUGCAGUGACAAGAUACUCGAUGAGUACAGUAGG